UCAGUCUACAGGCUCUCUGGGCUGAGAGAGGUUCGGACAUCUCUCUCUCUUUCACAUGCUGGAACAUAGAUAGAAAAAGGCAGACACAGGGAGAGACACUGAUCUACCAAACCUCUGAGAGCACAAAGACUGUCAUUUUCAUCUUACUGGAGCCAUGGCUGAGGGAGGAGAAGGAGACGAUGACAUUCAGUUCCUUCGAACUGGUGAUGAUGUUGUUCUACAAUGUACUGCAACCAUUCUGAAAGAACAGCUCAAACUAUGUCUGACGGCUGAAGGCUUUGGUAACCGACUUUGCUUCUUAGAACCUACCUCAAAUGCUCAGAAUGUUCCCCCAGACCUUGCAGUAUGCUGUUUCGUUUUGGAGCAGUCUCUGUCGGUUCGAGCUCUACAAGAGAUGUUGGCAAAUACUGUUGAGAUGGGUAGUGAGUCAUCUCAGGGUGGAGGACACAGAACACUGCUUUACGGUCACGCUAUUCUUCUCUGCCACUCCCAUAGUGGUAUGUACUUAAGCUGUUUGACCACAUCGAGAUCCCUGACAGACAAACUAGCAUUUGAUGUUGGACUCCAGGAGGAUGCAACAGGUGAAGCUUGCUGGUGGACCAUACAUCCUGCUUCAAAACAGAGAUCAGAAGGUGAAAAGGUACGCGUUGGAGAUGACCUCAUUCUGGUCAGUGUUUCCUCUGAGAGAUACCUGCACCUUUCCUAUGCCAGCGGAGACUUACAAGUUGAUGCCUCGUUUAUGCAGACACUUUGGAAUAUGAACCCUGUCUGCUCAGGCAGCGAGCUUGCAGAAGGAUAUGUAACAGGUGGACAUGUCUUGCGUCUUUUUCAUGGCCACAUGGAUGAAUCUUUGACCAUUGCAUCUACUGACGGGGAGGAGCAACGAAGGCUGGCACAUUAUGAAAGUGGAGGAGUCUGCACGCAUGCACGAUCACUCUGGAGACUGGAGCCUUUACGUAUCAGCUGGAGCAGCAGCCAUUUGAAAUGGGGUCAGCCAUUUCGUGUGCGACAUGUAACAACUGGAAAGUACCUUUGUUUGGAUGAAGAAAAGGGACUGAUACUAGUGGAUCCAGAGAGAGCGAACACCAAAGCUACUGCCUUCUGUUUCAGAGCUUCCAAGGAAAAACUCGAUGUUGCUCCAAAACGUGACGUAGAAGGUAUGGGCGCUCCAGAGAUCAAGUACGGAGAGUCCAUGUGCUUUGUCCAACAUGUCAAGAGUGGUCUCUGGUUGACAUAUGCAGCUGCUGAUGCAAAAACAGCUCGUUUAGGACCCUUGAAGCGAAAGGCCAUCCUUCACCAAGAGGGCCACAUGGAUGAUGCUUUGUCCCUUGCCUGCUCCCAGCAUGAGGAGGCCCAAGCUGCCCGAAUGAUUUACAGCACCAGUGGCCUCUUCACUCAAUUCAUCAAAGGUUUGGAUACACUGAGUGGAAGAAAUAAAUCACAAACACCUGUCACUCUUGCAAUAGAUACCGUCAUCCUCACUCUGCAGGACUUAAUCAGCUAUUUCCAGCACCCUGAGGAAGACCUAGAACAUGAGGAGAAGCAAACUAAGCUACGAUCCCUGAAAAGUCGACAGAAUCUAUUUCAGGAGGAGGGAAUGAUCACACUUGUUCUAAACUGCAUUGAUCGACUGAAUGUGUAUAACAGUGCUGCCCACUUUUCAGAAUUUGCAGGAGAAGAGGCAGCAGAAUCCUGGAAAGAAAUAGUCAACCUGCUCUAUGAACUUCUUGCUUCCCUUAUCCGUGGCAACCGUUCCAACUGUGCCCUUUUUUCAGACAAUCUGGAUUGGCUAGUCAGCAAAUUGGACCGACUGGAGGCUUCCUCAGGCAUCCUCGAAGUCUUGUACUGUGUCCUGAUAGAAAGUCCUGAGGUACUCAACAUCAUUCAGGAAAACCACAUCAAAUCCAUUAUCUCUCUUCUGGAUAAACAUGGACGAAAUCACAAGGUCUUGGAUGUGCUUCGCUCUCUCUGUGUCUGCAAUGGUGUGGCUGUUCGGUCCAAUCAGAACCUCAUUACUGAAAAUCUGCUACCAGGUCGUGAGCUGCUUCUGCAAACUAGUAUCAUCAACUAUGUUUCCAGCAUGCGACCCAAUAUUUUCCUGGGAACUUGUGAAGGUUCCACUCAAUACAAGAAGUGGUAUUAUGAGCUGAUUGUGGAUUACGUGGAGCCUUUUGUAACAGCUCAAGCCACUCAACUAAGAGUCGGCUGGGCUAUGACAGAAGGAUAUAGCCCCUACCCUGGUGGAGGAGAAGGAUGGGGUGGCAAUGGUGUCGGGGAUGAUCUUUAUUCUUACGGCUUUGAUGGUCUGCAUCUGUGGUCAGGUCAUGUUGCCAGAGCAGUAUCCUCCCCAGGGCAUACUCCACACACACUUGCCCCUGAUGAUGUAGUCAGCUGUUGCUUGGAUCUAAGCAUACCUACCAUCUCUUUCCGAAUAAAUGGAUAUCCAUUGCAAGGCAUGUUUGAAAAUUUCAAUCUGGAUGGGCUGUUCUUCCCAGUUGUCAGCUUCUCUGCAGGGAUCAAGGUUCGCUUCUUGUUAGGUGGUCGACAUGGUGAAUUCAAGUUUUUGCCUCCUCCAGGCUAUGCCCCAUGCUGUGAAGCUCUCCUACCAAAAGAAAGAAUGAAAAUUGAACCUAUCAAAGAGUACAAACUUGACAUCGAUGGGGUCCGGAAUCUGCUUGGUCCCACACAAGCUCUUUCACACACUGCUUUCACUCCCUGCCCAGUUGAUACAGUUCAGAUUGUUUUGCCUCCUCAUUUGGAACGAAUCAAAGAGAAACUGGCUGAAAACAUUCACGAGCUCUGGGCUCUCAACAAAAUUGAACAAGGCUGGAUUUAUGGACCAGUCCGAGAUGAUAACAAGAAACUGCAUCCAUGUCUUGUUGAAUUUAAUAGACUCCCUGAACCUGAGAGAAACUACAACCUGCAGAUGUCUGGGGAGACACUAAAAACCCUACUAGCGUUGGGAUGCCAUGUUGGAAUGGGUGAUGAGAAAGCUGAAGAGAAUCUGAAGAAAAUCAAAUUGCCAAAAACCCACAUGAUGUCAAAUGGGUACAAGCCUGCACCCCUAGACCUUUCUCAUGUCAAGCUGACUCCUGCCCAGAACACAUUGGUUGACAAACUGGCAGAAAAUGGGCACAAUGUCUGGGCAAGGGAUCGUGUACGUCAAGGAUGGACAUACAGCUACAUCCAGGAUAUUCCAAAUAAGCGGAAUCCACGUCUAGUGCCAUACCACCUCCUGGAUGAAAGGACCAAGAAAACUAACCGUGAUAGUCUUUGUGAGGCAGUCCGCACUCUUAUUGGCUAUGGGUAUAAUAUAGAACCUCCAGAUCAGGAGACAAGUGCUCAGGGAGUAACACCCCGUCCAGACAAAUUACGUGUUUUCCGUGCUGAGAAGUCAUAUGCUGUGAAGUCAGGCAAGUGGUACUUUGAGUUUGAAGCUGUCACUAUAGGAGAGAUGCGGGUGGGCUGGAGCCGUCCUGAUGUAAGACCAGACAAAGAGCUAGGAGCAGACGAACAGGCGUAUGUAUUUAAUGGAUGUAAGGCUCAGCGCUGGCACCUUGGCAGUGAGCCCUUUGGACGAACAUGGCAGUCUGGCGAUGUGGUCGGGUGUAUGAUUGAUUUAAGAGAGCAAGAAAUGAACAUAACGUUUACACUGAAUGGGGAGAUGCUGAUUAGUGACUCGGGCUCAGAGCUUGCCUUUAAAGACAUUGAAGCUGGAGAAGGUUUCAUUCCUGUUUGCAGUUUGGGCCUGAACCAAGUAGGUCGUAUAAAUCUGGGACAGGAUGUCAGCAGUCUGAGGUAUUUCACCAUCUGUGGUCUUCAGGAGGGUUAUGAACCAUUUGCCAUUAACAUGAAGAGAGACAUCACCAUGUGGUUCAGCAAGAGCCUUCCUCAGUUUGUGCCAAUCCGACAAGAACACAAUUACAUUGAGGUGAAUAGGAUUGAUGGAACUGUAGACAGCCCACCCUGUAUGAAAGUGUCUCACAAAACAUUUGGGUCCCAGAACAGUAACAAUGACAUGAUUUUCAUGCGCCUGAGUAUGCCAGUACAGUUCCAUGAAACAUUCAAAUGUACGCCUGGAGCUACUCCAUUGACUCGCAGCUUGACGAAUCCAGAGGAAGAAGUACAGGACAUUGACAUGGACUCUGAAUUUGAGGUUCUGAAAAAGUCUGCUAGCCCCAAGGAGGCAGAUGCCAAUGAGAAGGAACAGCAGUCCAAGGAACCACCUAAGGAGCUUUCAAAAAUAGAGAAUGAGAAAGACACAUUGUCAGAAAAAAGCAAAACAAAGAGAGGGUUCUUGUUUAAAGCAAAGAAGGCUGCAUUUAUUGCACCACCACCUGUGGUUCCCACCAUGCCACGCCUUGUGAAAGAUGUGGUUCCUGAUGACAGAGAUGACCCUGAGAUCAUACUAAAUACAACAACGUAUUACUAUUCUGUUCGGAUCUUUGCAGGACAAGAACCUACUGGAGUCUGGGUUGGUUGGGUGACUCCUGAUUAUCAUCAGUAUGAUCUGAACUUUGACCUACCUAAGAUACGCACUGCCACCAUGACUGUAGGAGAUGAGCAGGGAAAUGUCCAUGACAGUAUGAAACGCAGCAACUGCUACAUGGUAUGGGGUGGUGAAUUCAUCAGCAACACCCAACAGACCAGAGUCAGCAAUGUGGAUCUUGUGAUCGGCUGCUUGGUUGACCUAGCAACAGGUCUCCUGAACUUUACUGCAAAUGGAAAGGAAAUCAAUACUUUCUUCCAGGUUGAACCGAACACAAAGCUGUUUCCUGCAGUCUUCGUACUACCAUUCAGCCAGAACAUGAUUCAGUUUGAACUGGGCAAGUUGAAGAACAUUAUGCCUAUAUCAUCUGCCAUGUUCAUUAGUGAAAGGAAAAAUACAGUACCACAGUGCCCACCUCGACUAGAUGUCCAGAUGCUUACACCAGUGGUAUGGAGCAGGAUGCCAAAUGAGUUUUUACAUGUUGAUACUGGACGUGUCAGUGAACGCCAUGGAUGGAUGAUCGAAUGCUUAGAGCCCCUUAUUAUGAUGGCACUUAAUAUUCCAGAGGAAAAUAGGUGCAUUGAUAUCUUGGAACUUUCUGAACGUUUGGACCUUCUCAAGUUCCACUAUCAUACCCUGCAGUUGUACUGUGCUGUUUGUGCCCUUGGCAAUAAUAGAGUAGCACACGCUUUGUGCAGCUAUGUGGACGAAUCUCAACUUCUCUACACUAUUGAGAGCAAGUUUCUUCCUGGCCUCCUGCGAAGUGGUUACUAUGACCUCAUGAUUAGUAUGCAUCUUGAGUCAGCCAAACGUUCUCGCCUUAUGAUGAAUAAUGAAUUUAUUGUCCCAAUGUCAGAAGAGACUAAAAGCAUCACAUUGUUCCCUGAUGAGGAAAAGAAACAUGGCCUACCUGGGGUAGGACUUAGCACUUGUUUACGCCCAGACCUCCAUUUUUCUCCCACCUCUUUUGUUAGCGCAACUUCAGAACUGUAUCAGUGGAGUCCAUGCAUCCCACUGGACAUAUUAAAGAUGAAAGCGAUUAACAUGUUGACAGAGGCUGUCCAAGAUGGUGGUCAACAUAUGCGCGAUCCUGUUGGAGGGAGUGUGGAGUUCCAAUUUGUUCCUGUUCUGAAACUGAUUUCAACACUUCUGAUUAUGGGUAUUUUUGAAGAUGAUGAUGUGAAGCAUAUCUUAAAGAUGAUUGAGCCAAAUGUUUUUGCAGAGCAUAAGGAAGAAGCCAGUGAAGAGAAAGAGGAGGAAACAGAAGCUGUGGCUGAAAAAGAGGAGGAAGAAAAGGAGGAGGGCCAAGAAGAAGAAGAAGAAGAAGAAGAAGAGGGAGAGGAAGGAGAGGAGGAGGAAGAAAAAGAAGAACACGAAGAAGAAAAGAUUGAUGAAGGAGAAGAAAAAGGCAUAGAGGCAGGGGAAGAGGAAGAAGCUAAAGAUCAGGAAAGUUUGGAGGAAGGCCUCCUCCAAAUGAAAUUACCUGAGUCUGUAAAGCUUCAGAUGUGCAACCUCCUUCAGUACUUCUGUGACUGUGAAUUGCGUCAUCGUGUUGAAUCUGUCAUUGCAUUUUCUGAACGUUAUGUUGACCGAGUUCAAACCAAUCAGAAGCAACGCUACAAUGAAUUGAUGUUGGCAUUCAGCAUGACUGCUGCAGAGACAGCUAGAAAGACAAGAGAAUUUCGAUCACCUCCUCAAGAGCAGGUGAACAUGUUGCUGAAUUUUAAAUAUAGUCCGGAUGAAGAAGAAUGCCCUGUUCCAGAAGAAAUCCGUGAUGAACUGCUUGAGUUUCAUAAUGAUCUCCUUUCUCACUGUGGUGUUCAUAUUGAAGAAGAGGAGGAGGAGGAAGAGCAGGAUACAUCACUACGUGGACGGCUGAAAAGUAUUCUGGAGAAAGUGAAAGGACUAAGGAAGAAGAAAGAAGAAGAGACGGAGGCACCACCUGAGGAGGAGCCCAAGCCAAGUACCCUACAGGAACUGAUAUCUCAGACCAUGGUGCACUGGGCUCAAGAGUCGUACAUUCAGAACCCAGAACUUGUGCGCCUCAUGUUCAGCCUUCUUCAUCGUCAGUAUGAUGGGAUUGGUGAGCUCCUCCGUGCACUGCCCAAAGCAUAUGCUAUCAACUUUGUCUCAGUAGAAGAUACAAUGGACCUGCUGGAGUGUCUGGGGCAAAUAAGGUCCCUUCUCAUUGUCCAGAUGGGGCCAGAAGAGGAGACGCUGAUGAUACAGAGCAUUGGAAAUCUUAUGAACAACAAAGUGUUUUACCAACACCCCAAUCUGAUGAGAGCACUUGGAAUGCACGAAACAGUCAUGGAAGUAAUGGUGAACGUUCUUGGUGGAGGAGAGUCAAAGGAGAUUCGCUUUCCUAGGAUGGUGACAAACUGCUGUCGGUUUUUGUGCUAUUUUUGCCGAAUCAGUCGACAGAACCAGAAGGCCAUGUUCGACCACUUGAGCUAUUUACUGGAGAAUAGCGGCAUUGGAUUAGGAAUGAGAGGAUCGACUCCUUUAGAUGUUGCUGCUGCCUCCGUAAUCGACAACAACGAGCUGGCGCUUGCAUUACAGGAGCAGGACCUAGAAAAGGUUGUGACCUAUCUGGCAAGUGCUGGCUUACAAAGCUGUCCCAUGUUAUUGGCAAAGGGUUAUCCUGAUAUUGGUUGGAACCCUGUUGGUGGAGAGCGUUACCUUGAUUUCUUGCGAUUUGCAGUCUUUGUAAAUGGUGAAAGUGUUGAAGAGAAUGCUAAUGUUGUAGUCCGUUUACUGAUUCGUCGUCCUGAGUGUUUUGGCCCAGCCCUGAGAGGUGAAGGUGGUAAUGGGCUUCUUGGUGCUAUUGAAGAAGCAAUCAAGAUAUCAGAGGAUCCUGCACGGGAUGGUCCAACUGUUAAGAAAGACCGCCGUAGAGAACUGUUUGGAGGUGAGGAGUCUCAUGAAGAGAACCGUGUGCACCUUGGUAAUGCUAUCAUGGCAUUCUACGCUGCCCUUAUUGACCUGCUUGGACGUUGUGCACCAGAGAUGCAUCUAAUUCAAGCAGGGAAAGGUGAGGCACUGCGUAUCCGAGCCAUCCUACGUUCUCUGGUCCCAAUAGAAGAUUUGGUUGGUGUCAUCAGCCUCCCGCUACAAAUUCCUGCAUUUGGGAAGGAUGGUAACAUAAUUCAGCCAAAGAUGUCUGCCAGUUUUGUUCCUGACCAUAAAGCACCAAUGGUUCUCUUCCUGGACCGUGUGUAUGGUAUUGACAAUCAAGACUUCCUUCUUCAUGUCUUAGAAGUUGGCUUCUUACCAGACAUGCGGGCAGCUGCUUCACUGGAUACGGCUGCCUUCAGCACAACAGAGAUGGCCUUGGCACUGAACCGUUACUUGUGCUCAGCAGUUCUCCCUCUCUUGACCAAAUGUGCUCCUCUUUUUGCUGGCACUGAACAUCGGGCUAUCAUGAUUGACUCCAUGUUGCACACCAUCUACCGACUUUCCAGAGGACGGUCUCUAACUAAAGCUCAAAGAGAUGUCAUUGAGGAGUGUCUAAUGGCACUCUGCAGAUAUCUCCGGCCCUCUAUGUUACAACAUCUGCUGCGCAGAUUGGUAUUCGAUGUUCCAAUCCUAAACGAGUAUGCCAAAAUGCCUUUGAAGCUUCUAACCAAUCAUUAUGAACGAUGUUGGAAGUACUACUGCCUCCCAAAUGGCUGGGCAAAUUAUGGCGUGAGCUCAGAAGAAGAACUUCACCUCACUCGAAAAUUGUUCUGGGGCAUUCUUGAAUCUCUUGCUCACAAGAAAUACGACCCUGAACUGUUUAAGAUAGUGAUGCCAUGUGUUUGUGCGAUUGCUGGAGCAAUCCCUCCAGAUUAUGUGGAUGCCAGUUACUCGUCCAAGACAGAGAAGAAGGCUUCUGUGGAUGCUGAGGGCAACUUUGACCCCAAACCCGUGGAAACAUUGAAUGUUAUCAUUCCAGAAAAACUGGAUACUUUCAUUAAUAAGUAUGCUGAAUAUACUCAUGACAAGUGGGCCUUUGAGAAGAUCCAGAAUAACUGGACCUAUGGUGAGACCAUUGAUGAAAAUGCCAAAACUCAUCCUAUGCUGCGUCCUUACAAAACAUUCUCAGAAAAGGACAAAGAAAUUUAUCGUUGGCCAAUUAAAGAGUCCCUUAAAGCCAUGAUUGCUUGGGAAUGGACUGUUGAGAAAGCAAGAGAAGACGAGGAAAAAGAGAAGAAAAAAACACGCAAGAUCUCACCAUCAGCUCAGGCAACAUAUGAUCCAAGCCAUGGCUUUAAUCCUCAGCCUAUAGACAUUUCAGGAAUGGCGCUCUCCAGGGAGCUUCAGUCUAUGGCAGAACAGCUUGCAGAGAACUACCAUAAUACCUGGGGACGGAAGAAGAAACUGGAGCUGGAAGCUAAAGGUGGUGGCACUCAUCCCUUGCUAGUUCCAUAUGAUACCUUAACAGCCAAGGAAAAAGCUAGAGACAGAGAGAAGGCUCAGGAACUGCUAAAAUACCUUCAGCUUAAUGGCUAUGCAGUGACAAGGGGAUUGAAAGAUAUGGAGCUGGACACGUCAUCUGUGGAGAAACGUUUUGCUUAUGGCUUCCUUCAGAAUCUUCUGAAGUGGUUGGACACAGCUCAAGAAUUCAUUGCUCAUCUAGAGGCUGUUGUGAGUAGUGGAAGAGUGGAGAAAUCACCUCAUGAACGUGAAAUAAAAUUCUUUGCUAAGAUUUUGCUUCCACUGAUUAACCAGUACUUCAAGAAUCAUUGUCUUUACUUCUUGUCCACCCCAGCAAAGGUCUUGGGAAGUGGUGGCCAUGCUUCUAACAAGGAGAAGGAAAUGAUUGCCAGCAUUUUCUGCAAGUUAGCUGCUCUGGUCAGGCACCGAGUCUCUCUCUUUGGCACUGAUGCACCUGCGGUUGUAAACUGCCUGCACAUCUUGGCACGCUCACUUGAUGCACGGACUGUAAUGAAGUCUGGCCCAGAAAUCGUCAAAGCAGGACUUCGUUCAUUCUUUGAAAGUGCUUCUGAGGACAUUGAGAAGAUGGUGGAGAACCUAAAGCUGGGAAAAAUGAGCCAGUCACGCACGCAAGUAAAGGGAGUGGCACAGAACAUUAAUUACACAACAGUGGCCUUGUUACCAGUGCUGACAUCUCUUUUCGAACACAUUGCACAGCAUCAGUUUGGCGAUGAUGUUAUCUUGGAUGAUGUUCAGGUUUCAUGCUAUAGAAUCCUGUGUAGCAUUUACUCACUUGGAACAACAAGAAAUCCAUAUGUUGAAAGACAGCGCCCAGCUUUGGGUGAAUGCCUUGCUCGUCUGGCAGCUGCCAUGCCUGUUGCUUUCCUAGAACCGUACUUGAACGAGUACAACAUGUUCUCAGUUUAUACCACCAAAUCACCACGGGAGCGAACUAUACUUGGCCUACCUAACAGCGUAGAAGAGAUGUGUCCUGACAUUCCUGACCUAGACAAAUUAAUGAAGGACAUAAGCGGCCUGGCAGAAUCUGGAGCCCGCUACACUGAAAUGCCACAUGUUAUUGAGAUAACAUUACCCAUGCUAUGCAAUUACCUGCCUCGUUGGUGGGAGAGGGGACCAGAGAAUACCCCAGAAUCUGCUGGGCCUUGCUGCACAACUGUUACUUCUGAAAAUCUCAAUACUUUGCUUGGUAAUAUCUUGAAAAUUGUUGUCAACAACCUCGGAAUUGAUGAAGCUUCUUGGAUGAAAAGGUUGGCUGUUUUUGCCCAGCCAAUUGUGAGUAAAGCCAAGCCAGAGCUACUAAAAUCCCACUUUAUUCCCACAAUGGAAAAGCUGAAAAAGAGAGCCUCAAAAGUUGUGGCCGAAGAAGAACAGCUCCGAAUGGAAGCCAAGGUUGAGUCUGUUGAUUCCGAGCAGAUUAUUCGGGAUGAGUUUUCUGUUCUUUGCAGAGACCUGUAUGCUCUCUAUCCGCUGCUGAUCCGUUAUGUGGACAAUAACAGAGCAAACUGGUUAACUGAACCUGAUCCUGAUGCUGAAGAGUUGUUCCGAUUGGUGGGAGAAGUUUUCAUUUUUUGGUCAAAAUCCCAUAACUUCAAGAGGGAAGAACAGAACUUUGUGGUCCAGAAUGAAAUUAACAAUAUGUCUUUCCUGACAGCAGACAGCAAAAGCAAAAUGUCAAAGGCCGGGGAUGGACAGUCUGGGGGCUCUGACCAGGAAAGGACAAAGAAGAAGCGCCGUGGUGACCGAUACUCUAUACAAACAUCACUGAUUGUGGCUACUCUGAAGAAGAUGCUGCCAAUUGGCCUUAAUAUGUGUUCACCAACUGACCAGGAGCUGAUUGCCCUUGCGAAGACAAGAUAUGCCUUAAAAGACACCAAUGAAGAAGUGAGGGAGUUCCUGCAAAAUAACCUCCACCUGCAGGGGAAGUGUGAGAGCACUUCAAUGCGCUGGAAGAUGGGUCUGUAUAAGGAGAUGUCUGGUAAAGCUGAAGAUUCUAACGAUCCAGAGAAAAUUGUGAAACGAGUCCAAGAGGUCUCUGCUGUGCUGUUUCAUCUAGAACAGACUGAGCAUCGAUGCAAGUCCAAGAAGGCUGCAUGGCACAAACUGUUAUCAAAACAACGUAGACGAGCUGUUGUUGCUUGUUUUAGAAUGACUCCUCUUUACAACUUGCCCAGGCAUCGAGCUUCUAACUUGUUCAUUGACGCUUAUGUACAGUAUUGGAUUCGUAAAGAAGAACAUGCCUUUGAAGAUAGAAUGAUUGAUGAUUUGGCUCAAAAAUCUCAUGAGGCCGAAGAAGAGGAGGAAGAACAAACUGAGAAGAAACCAGACCCCUUACAUCAACUGAUCCUGCAUUUCAGUAGAACAGCCCUGACAGAGAAAAGCAAACUGGAUAUGGACCAUCUGUACAUAUCAUAUGCUGACAUCAUGGCCAAGAGUUGUCACAUUGAGGAAGGGGAGGAAGCAGAGGAAGGAGCUGACGAACCCUCAUUUGAGGAAAAAGAGAUGGAAAAACAGAGGUUGCUCUAUCAGCAAGCAAGAUUGCACAACAGGGGAGCUGCUGAAAUGGUCUUGCAGAUGAUAAGUGCAUGCAAAGGUGAGCCAGGGGUGAUGGUAUAUUCUACCCUGAAGCUGGGAAUCUCCAUACUCAAUGGUGGGAACACUGAAGUGCAGCAGAAAAUGUUGGAUUACCUCAAGGAGAAGAAGGAGGUUGGUUUCUUCCAGAGUGUUCAGACUCUGAUGCAGACAUGCAGCGUGCUUGACCUUAAUGCUUUUGAGAGACAAAACAAGGCCGAAGGCCUGGGAAUGGUAACCGAAGAAGGAACAAUCAUCAAGCGUGAACCUGGUGAGAAGGUCAUGGCAGAUGACGAAUUCACUCGAGAUCUCUUCCGUUUUCUGCAGCUUUUAUGUGAGGGGCACAAUAACGAUUUCCAGAACUAUCUGAGGACUCAGACAGGCAACACGACUACCAUCAAUAUCAUCAUCUGUACUGUCGACUAUUUGUUACGACUACAGGAAUCUAUUAGUGAUUUCUACUGGUAUUAUUCUGGCAAGGAUGUCAUAGAUGACCAAGGAAAGAGGAAUUUCUCAAAGGCAAUGGCUGUUGCCAAGCAGGUUUUCAAUAGCUUGACAGAGUAUAUCCAGGGACCAUGUACCGGGAAUCAGCAGAGUCUGGCCCACAGCAGGCUGUGGGAUGCUGUGGUCGGUUUCCUUCAUGUUUUUGCUCACCUGAUGAUGAAACUUGCUCAGAUACCCCACAACAGAGGACUUCGAAAUGGAGACUCCAGUCAGAUUGGAUUAUUGAAGGAGCUGCUGGAUUUGGAGAAAGACAUGGUGGUGAUGCUUCUUUCUCUGUUGGAGGGUAAUGUAGUAAAUGGAACCAUAGCCAGGCAGAUGGUGGACAUGCUUGUGGAAUCAUCAAGCAAUGUAGAGAUGAUACUCAAGUUUUUUGACAUGUUUUUGAAGCUCAAAGAUAUUGUUGCUUCAGAUGCUUUCAACGAUUAUGUUACAGACCCAAGAGGUUUGAUUUCCAAAAAAGACUUCCAGAAAGCCAUGGAUAGCCAGAAGCAAUACACCACCUCAGAAAUACAGUUUCUACUUUCCUGCUCAGAAGCAGAUGAAAAUGAAAUGAUCAACUAUGAGGAAUUUGCCAACAGAUUCCAAGAACCAGCGAAAGAUAUUGGUUUCAACGUAGCUGUACUGCUGACUAAUCUUUCAGAGCAUGUUCCCCAUGAUAUUAGGCUUCAGAGUUUCUUAGAACUUGCAGAAAGCAUCCUGAAUUACUUCAGGCCUUAUCUAGGGCGCAUUGAAAUUAUGGGUGCUAGCAAGAAAAUUGAAAGAAUCUACUUUGAAAUUAGUGAAACUAAUAAAGCACAGUGGGAAAUGCCUCAGGUCAAAGAAUCUAAACGUCAGUUUAUCUUUGAUGUGGUGAAUGAAGGUGGUGAGUCAGAGAAGAUGGAGAUGUUUGUGAAUUUCUGUGAAGACACUAUAUUUGAAAUGCAAAUUGCUGCACAGAUAUCAGAGUCUGAUGAAGAAGAAAAGGCAGGCAGUGAUGAAGAAGAUGGAGAAGCUGGAGAAAGUGCUGAGGCUGAAAGAGACACUGCUCCAGAGGAAGCAUCUUCAGCUUUUGCUGAAUUUGUCAACAAUGUUUUUAACUUCUUCAACAUGUUUACCUUCAAAAAUAUCCGAAAGCAGUUCCGCAAGAUUAAGAAAAUGACUCUUAAGGAAAUUGUUAUGGCAAUUGUUUCAUUUGUAUGGACCCUAUUUCUUGGAAUUCUCUUCUUUGUCUACAGUAUCUGUAAAGGAUUCAUAUUGAUUGUUUGGCAUGUAUUAUUUGGAGGCAGUUUAGUGGAAGGGGCUAAAAAUAUUACUGUUACAGAACUGCUGGCUAGCAUGCCUGAUCCAACCCAAGAUGAAGUACACGGUGAAGUUUCAACUGCGGCCGACACUCCUGAAACACAGGAAUCGAAUGGCGUGAUGGAUUUUGUUGAUGCAUCAAAGGCAGAAGAAGCUGCUGAGGAGACCCAGGAUAUGUACGGCAUGGAAACAAAGAAGGAAGGGACUUACAGGCUCAGCACACAGGAUACAGCUGGUGGCUUAGGUGACAUUGGAGAAACAACACCUGUCGAACCUCCUACUCCCGAGGGAACUCCAAUAGCCAUGAGGAAGUUCAUUCAACAAGCUGAGGAAAUGGCAUCUGAACCAAAGAUAAUUGAGGAACUUCCAGCAGAAACUGAGAAAGCUGAUGUGGAAAAUGGAGAAAAGACAGAGAAGGAAGUUGAGGAGAAGAAGGAGGAGGUGGAAGAAGAAGCACCAGAAGAAGAAGAAGAAGAAGAGCCUCAACCUGCCAAAAAAGCAAAACGAAAGAAAGCCCCUCGGGAAGUAGAGGAAGAGAGCGGGGCAGGAUCAGAAUUGUGGAAUGAACUUGAAGUACAGAGAAACAAAUUUUUUAACUACCUGUCCAGAAAUUUCUACAAUUUACGUUUCCUGGCUCUGUUUGUAUCAUUUGCCAUCAACUUUAUUCUUCUUUUCUACAAGGUUUCUGACACUCCAUUUGGAGAAGAAGAGUUGGAAGGAUCUGGGUUUGAAGAUGAUCUGGAGGGUUCUGCCUUUGAAAAUGGUGAUGAAGAUGAGGAACAGAGCAUUGUUCACUAUAUUCUUGAAGAGAGCACAGGUUAUAUGGAGCCAACCUUACAAAUCUUGUCAGUCAUGCAUACCCUUAUUGCCUUCUUGUGUAUUAUUGGCUAUAACUGCUUAAAGGUUCCUCUGGUAAUUUUCAAACGUGAGAAGGAGCUGGCUAGGAAACUGGAAUUUGAUGGUCUGUAUAUCACAGAGCAGCCUGAAGAUGAUGACAUCAAAGGGCAAUGGGAUCGCCUUGUGCUCAACACUCCAUCUUUCCCAAGCAACUACUGGGACAAGUUUGUUAAGCAAAAGGUACUAAAAAAGUAUGGGGACAUAUAUGGUAGGGAACGCAUUGCAGAGCUCCUUGGCAUGGAUCUUAGCUCUCUGGACAUCAGUGCCCAACAUGAGAAGAAACCAGAGCCGGACAAAUCAAUGCUAACAUGGAUUACCUCCAUUGACCUCAAGUACCAAAUGUGGAAAUUCGGAGUUGUCUUUACAGAUAAUUCUUUCCUAUACUUGGUCUGGUACAUGGUCAUGUCCCUCCUUGGCCAUUUCAAUCAUUUCUUCUUUGCUGCUCAUCUUUUGGACAUCGCUAUGGGAGUGAAAACUCUCAGAACAAUCCUGUCCUCUGUAACACACAAUGGCAAGCAGCUGGCAAUGACCGUCGGACUGUUAGCUGUAGUCGUGUACCUGUACACUGUAGUGGCAUUCAACUUCUUCCGCAAGUUCUACAACAAAAGCGAGGAUGAGGAUGAGCCCGACAUGAAGUGUGAUGACAUGAUGACGUGCUACUUGUUCCACAUGUAUGUUGGUGUCCGAGCAGGUGGUGGUAUUGGUGAUGAAAUUGAAGACCCAGCGGGUGAUGAAUACGAACUUUAUCGUGUAGUGUUUGAUAUCACUUUCUUCUUCUUUGUGAUAGUCAUCUUGCUGGCUAUUAUCCAAGGUCUGAUUAUUGAUGCCUUUGGUGAACUGAGAGACCAACAAGAACAAGUCAAAGAAGAUAUGGAGACCAAAUGCUUCAUUUGUGGGAUUGGCAGUGACUACUUUGAUACGACUCCGCAUGGCUUUGAGACUCAUACACUAGAAGAGCAUAACUUAGCAAAUUAUAUGUUCUUUUUAAUGUACUUAAUUAACAAGGAUGAAACAGAACACACAGGCCAAGAGUCAUAUGUCUGGAAAAUGUAUCAGGAACGUUGCUGGGAUUUCUUCCCGGUUGGAGACUGUUUCCGAAAACAGUAUGAGGACCAGCUCAGCUAAAAAAAAAAAACUCCUUAAGAAAUUUCCUAAUCUGAUUGAUGGCACAAUAUAGAUUAUGCUGUAUUUCGGACUACUGGCGAACUGGACAGUGUCUGCACUUACAAAUUUGCUUUGAAACAACUGUAUCUGGACAAUGUUUGCUGCAGAAUCAGCAAAAAUCUGACUUGGAUUUUUUUUGUAGUCAGUCUUUCUGUGCUAGGCUAUAAAUGAAAUUUUGUAAAAAAUGUAUAGCAGUAAAUAUAUAUAAGAGAUGCCUGGAGAGUCAAAGCUGGAGAUGCUGUGUUUUACACUUUCUGGGGCAUUUACAAUGUAGUCACACCGACAGAUGGUACAGAAGAGAGAAAAUAUCAAGAAGGAGAUAAAACAGGCUUCCUCCUGCCUGCACCUGUACUGCCUGUUGUUCUUUCCAAGUUUAGGCCCUGGAUGCCAGUUUAUCAUUAGCUGGAUAUAUUUUUCUAGUUAAAGUAUCAGAGAGUAUAACUGAAACUUUGUAAGAUAAAACAUUAUCAUGGAUAACACAGAAAUGAACACUUGCUAGAGUGGUAAGCAUAUUUGCACAGAUGGAAACUCCCUCGGUUUUUACUGUAAAUUGUAAAAUAUUUAUGAACCUGGGAUGUAGCAAUGAUUCAUUCAGCAUCAGAGUGACUAGUGCCUAUGCAAGCAACUGUAAUCUUUUUACCAAAUGAAUGUAAUAUGAAGUUGGAUAUUUGAACAUAGCACUACUAAACACAGAUGUCAGGCAUACACCCUCUUCCAUUGUAUAUUGGCCUGGCAACCAUUUUAGAGAAACCUCGCAUCUUAAAGUUGUUCAUAUAAUUGUGUCUAUGAAGAAAACCUGAUCCAUGUGCCUUAUCUUUGAAAUUGAGAUUAUACAGUUCAAUGGUGUUAAGCUUUUCUUGCUGCUGUUCUAAAAUUCAGGAAUUACCUUUAGUCAACUGAGAAACUUACUGGGUAAAAAGGAAUAUAUUUGAAGAAACUCAUAUAACAAUAAUAUGUUUUAUAAUUGUCUGUAUCACUAUAUUAUAUACCAUGAAUUAAAAAGGGCAAAUUAAUCUAGAGAAUUUAACACUUCUGUCUCCCAAAUUUAUUUCAAACAAUCCCACAAUGUUUAACGACCUAUACAAAUUAUAAUUUACAAAGAUUGUUUCAUAUGGUUUCCAGUAAGCAAAAUAAAGGUCAUGUUAUUUCAUUUU